GUGUUUUUCCUGAGUUGGUGACUACGCUGUGGAGGAACUUCUUGGAUAUGAAGCUGUCAUUAACUCUAGCACACUGCUCAGGGACAUGUCUGCUGCUGCUGGUGUCAAACCUGCUCCUGUGGGAGAAUGUGGCCUCCAUGCCACAGACCCAGUUGCCCGCUAAGGACCUGUAUGGACGUGUGAUCUUCCUGUCUCAUUGCAACCAUAACCUAGCCACACAAGUAUACUUUGAGUUUGUAGAAAAAAUUGCCAGGAGAAGUGGGAACAUGGGCAUGAUGUUUGUCAUGUGCCACACAGCUUCCAUCCCAACUCCAGAGAACCGUGAACAAGUGCAGAGGACAAAAACCGAAGAUCUUCUGAAAAUGAUCAUCAGAAUUUCACUUGCCUGGGAAGAACCCCUGAAAGUCCUGGGGCAGGAGCUGGCUGCUCUUCCAGGAGCUUCUGAUGGGAUGCUGUCAAACAUCAAGACCUUGGAGGAAAGAAAUGAAGCCAUUGUAGAGGGAACGGAGACCAUUCUCAGCAGGCUUCAGCCUGGAGCUGUGGAAAAGGAGUAUGUCGCCUGGUCGGGAAAGAAUGACCUGCAGUCUGCUGAUGCAAGGACUCGAGUUGCUGCUCUAAGGAACGUGCUCCGCUGCCUGCGCAGGGACACACAUAAGAUUGACAAUUUCUUCAAGGUCCUCAAGUGCCGAGUCGUCCGUAACAAUAACUCCUAAUCGCAUCUCCAAUGCCAUCAACUCCUAAGAUGUCCUGAUGGUUCAGCCCUUCAGAGCUUCUUUGAAUCGUUACCCUUUGGGUCAUGCACGAGUGUAAUGUAGUUCUUCUUAAGAAAUAAAAACUGAUUAUAUUCAA